AUGAUCUUCAUCAUCACCAUCCUCCUCCUCGCCGCCGACUUUUACUACCUCAAGAACAUUGCCGGCCGUCGACUCGUGGGACUGCGGUGGUGGAACGAGGUGGACGUGCAGACGGGCGACUCGCAGUGGGUCUUUGAGAGCAGCGAGCCCGGCACCAAGACGAUCAACCCGACCGACAGCCGCUUCUUCUGGCUCGCGCUCUACGUCCAGCCCGUCCUCUGGAUCCUGCUCGCCGUCUUCGCGCUCGUGAGGUUGCAAUUCCUGUGGCUGCCGCUCGUUGUCAUCGCCUUGGUCCUGACCAUCAUGAACGCCAUGGCCUUCUCGAGAUGCGACAAGUUCAGCCACGCGUCCAACAUGGCCGGAAGCGCCCUGUACUCUGGCGGUCUGGCGGGAAGCAUCGCGAGCGGCAUGGUCGGCCGCCUCUUCAACCGUGGUUAA